GGAGGGGCCGAGGCCACGGCCACGGCAGUUGCUCGAGCCCUUGCAGCCUGAUUAUCACAUGACUGGACGGCGGCGGUAGCCGUGGCAGCAGCCGCGCCGGCUCUGCCGGCUCGCCGGGUGGGCUCAGUUCCGCUCACGCAGGAGUCGGGCGCAGAGGGCGGGGAAGGAACCUGCUGCCGCGGCGGUCGCCCAGUCGCUCCCGGAGCGCGCGGCGUCUCCCCGGGCCCGGCCGGCCCGCUCCAUGCCGCUCCGUUGCGGAAGUGUAGCGGGGGGAGGCGGCGGCGGCGGCUGCACGGAGCGCGGGAGGCCGGGGCCCGGCCCCCUGCAGCACUAGGCUCCGGGAGCCGCGCGGCGCGCCCCAGCGGCCCGGCUGCCCGUGCGCCCGGCGCCCGCCGCAGCCUGCAUGCCCCGCGCUGCGCUUCGUCCGGCCCCCGCUGCCGCCUCCUGCUCGCACCGCUGCUGCCGGGCGCCGGAGUAAUAUGCUCACCCGAGUGAAAUCUGCCGUGGCCAAUUUCAUGGGCGGCAUCAUGGCUGGCAGCUCAGGCUCCGAGCACAGCGGCGGCGGCUGUGGAGGCUCGGACCUGCCCCUGCGCUUCCCCUACGGGCGGCCGGAGUUCCUGGGGCUGUCUCAGGACGAGGUGGAGUGCAGCGCCGACCACAUCGCCCGCCCCAUCCUCAUCCUCAAGGAGACCCGGCGGCUGCCCUGGGCCACUGGCUACGCAGAGGUUAUCAAUGCCGGGAAGAGCACAUACAAUGAAGACCAAGCCAGCUGUGAGGUACUCACUGUGAAGAAGAAAGCAGGGGCCAUUACCUCAACCCCGAACAGGAACUCCACUAAGAGACGGUCCUCCCUUCCCAAUGGGGAAGGGCUGCAACUGAAGGAGAACUCGGAAUCAGAGGGCGUUUCCUGUCACUACUGGUCGCUGUUUGACGGUCACGCGGGGUCUGGGGCUGCCGUGGUGGCCUCCCGCCUGCUGCAGCACCACGUCACGGAGCAGCUGCAGGACAUCGUGGAGAUCCUGAAGAACUCGGCGGUCCUGCCGCCCACCUGCCUGGGCGAGGAGCCCGAGAGCACGCCCGCCAACAGCCGGACUCUGACCCGCGCAGCCUCGCUCCGCGGAGGCGUGGGGGCCCCGGGCUCCCCCAGCACCCCGCCCACGCGCUUCUUUACGGAGAAGAAGAUUCCGCACGAGUGCCUGGUCAUCGGGGCUCUUGAAAGUGCGUUCAAGGAAAUGGACCUACAAAUAGAACGAGAGAGGAGUUCAUAUAAUAUAUCUGGUGGCUGCACAGCCCUCAUUGUGGUUUGCCUCUUGGGGAAGCUGUAUGUGGCGAAUGCUGGCGAUAGCAGGGCCAUAAUCAUCAGAAAUGGAGAAAUCAUCCCCAUGUCUUCAGAGUUUACCCCUGAGACUGAGCGCCAGCGACUCCAGUACCUGGCAUUCAUGCAGCCUCACUUGCUGGGAAACGAAUUCACACAUUUGGAGUUUCCAAGGAGAGUACAGAGAAAGGAACUUGGAAAGAAGAUGCUCUACAGGGACUUUAAUAUGACAGGCUGGGCAUACAAAACCAUUGAGGAUGAUGACCUGAAGUUUCCCCUUAUAUAUGGAGAAGGCAAGAAGGCCCGAGUAAUGGCAACUAUUGGAGUGACCAGGGGACUUGGGGACCAUGACCUGAAGGUGCAUGACUCCAACAUCUACAUAAAACCAUUCCUGUCUUCAGCUCCAGAGGUAAGAGUCUACGAUCUCUCCAAAUAUGAGCAUGGAGCAGAUGAUGUGCUGAUCUUGGCCACCGAUGGACUCUGGGAUGUUUUAUCAAAUGAAGAAGUGGCAGAAGCCAUCUCUCAGUUUCUUCCUAACUGUGAUCCAGAUGACCCUCACAGGUACACACUGGCAGCUCAGGACCUGGUGAUGCGUGCCCGCGGUGUCCUGAAGGACAGAGGAUGGCGGAUAUCUAAUGACCGGCUGGGCUCAGGAGACGACAUUUCUGUAUAUGUCAUUCCUUUAAUACAUGGGAACAAACUUUCAUGAAAAUGGCCCAGAGGGUUGGGAGGACAACAGGGGAGAAAACUGGGACAUGUCUUGGCAGGGCAGAACUGGGAAGUGCCCCAGCAGAGUUCCAGGUGAUGCAACCUCUUCCCAGGCCAGGUGGGGGAUUUGCUGCCGAAAGGCUACUGGCUGUACUUCUGGGGGACCCUUAGAUUUCAGUUUCCUCUUUAGUAACAGGUCUGGAUACUCAACAAGAGAAAACAUAAAGGCUGCUACUGAGUACUGUGUUUCUUUUGGUUCCUUUAAUAGGCCUCCUAGGUGGCCACUACCUAAUUUUGGGCACACACAUCAUAUUUAUUUGGAGUAGCUGGGGCAGCCAUUUUCAGGUGUAACUGGCAGGAGAUUCUUCGGCCUAUCAAGCUGCCAGCUUCUCUACGGGUUAAAAGUGCUGCAUUGGAAAGUUGGGGAUCAUGUCUCAGAAAGUGUAAGCACCCAUCUUCUAGUAAGCCUGAGAUUUAUUUCAGGGAAUGCUAUCUGUGUGUGUGUGUGUGUGUGUGUGUGUGUGUGUGUGUGUGUGUGUGUGUGUCCCUCUCUUCAUUCUUUCAUGGUUAUGGUGGGGAGAAGCAGGGAUUUUUUUCUGUUUGAUAUUCCUUGAAUCUUAAUUGUUUCCCUUCCAUAAAACAGGCCUGGGACUUUCCAGCUCCUUGCUGAGGAAUUUGUAUGUCAAAGUGCAGCCCAGGCUGUCCCCGUAUCCUGUAGCCCACACCACCCAGGCAGCCUUCUGGAUCAGUGCCCUGGCUGACAGAGCACUGUCUUUGUUGUGUAACAGUUUGUUCCCGGGUUGCAUUUUCUCACCAAAUCAGUGUGUUCUCAUGAAAAUAUGGGUGUUUGUUAAACCAACAGUUUCUCUGUUGUUUUCAAGGGUCCCCCUUUUGUGGCUAGAGAUUUCUCUGAGAAUCUAGGUUUUCAUUUCUGGUCUUAUCGGCCCUCCCCACCUGCUGUGCCCUGGGGACGCAUGUAAAGCAGUGUUUAAGAGAGCAGUACAGGAAGCUCCGUGUAUCAUUCAGUUCACCAUACCUCAUGUGAUGACCAUUCCUCCAUUUUGGAUCCAGGUUCUGUGGACUGUGACUGUUCGCAGGGCCACCCCACAACAGUAAGUAUCUGCAUCCCGUCAAGGAGCGGCAGUCCUGCUUCCCCCUCGUCUUUGGGCAAGACCCACUCAGAAUAGCCUUUUGAUAAAAGCGAAUUUGAAUUGAGUUGACUGGUCAUCCUCAUGCUGUGCACCCCAUUCCUUCUCCUUGGAAUCACGUCCCAGCAACUGAGGACCCUAGUUCCCACAGAUGCUCCACUUCUGAGUGUUCCUUACAACAGCUGAAGAAGCAGUGGACAGCAGAUCUACCUGUUGCUUCCCUGCUGGGAGGAAUCACAAAGUAGUGUUCUAGAAAUCACUUCUCUCUCAGGCAGACGACUGCCCUGCACUGAGGGGCCCUGUAGAGCGACGUCCCAUUACUGAGUCUUCUUCCCGCACACUUCCUGUGGUAUCAUCACCAUCUUGACCGUUCUGCGUAAUGAAAACAUUCUUCCCACCCCACAAAGAAAAAUGUCAUUGACAUGAUUCCCUGAACUGCUGGAGAGCCACUUCGAGUUCGCAUGUUUGUUGAAUCCCUUCCCCAGAGGAGAGGACAGGAACCUUUCCUCCAGGAUAGUUAAUCACCUUCCUGGAGUUGUAGAUAUUUUAUUAGGAAAGGCCUAGAGCCUCUCUACUCAGGAAUGAACUCAUUCCACCAUGUGGAAAGGAUGCCCUGUCUGGCAGGUGAGGUACUAUGGGAAUUCACGCAUCAGCUGUUCGCCAAAAUGUUGCCCAGGGAGAAUCGGAUUACUACCUUGUCAGGGGGUCCUCUUCAUCUGACAGCCUCCCUCCUCCUCCAGUAGAUCUUAGCUACCCCAGAUGUCUCUGUGGGGACAAGUUUGUGGUAAACCAUCUGCUUCUCUGGCAGAAUGUGAUGCUAUGAGACAACAUGCAGGUACCCUACAGCAGUGUCAUCCGCUUUCUGUUCCUGCCCCGACUCAAAGUCUUGUACAAAUUGGAAACAAGAAGGUUUUUUUUGUGGGACUCUGAAUGGCCGACUUUAGGAAGCUGCCCUGACAGGCAGUCACCUCUUUCUCAUGUUCCCGUUAUCUUUCAUCUGUUUUCUCUCCUGGGCUUCUAUGUUGGUCCGACCUUGAGCUUUUCUCGUUUUAUUCGAGCCACCAGAGUCUAACUUUGGGUGUAGAUGUCAUGACAGCCUUCUACUCAAUUCACCAAUUCAUUUACUGCCAAGAAAUGUCUCAGGAAAAAUUCUAGAAACACUCCCCCCCCCAACCCCGACUUUUCAAUUUAUCCUAAAGUCUUGAGCAUGUAGUCCUGCUGGUUUUAGUUAGAAUGGUAUCCAGGAAUUCUUUUCAUAAGCCUCUUUGGUGGAAAGAUCUUAGUAAAAGCUGAAGCCCUAUUUCUGUUUGGGGGAUGGGAGGAAAAUUACAAACGAGGUGAAUAAAUCAUAUAUGGAAAAAGUGAUUUUUUAAUGCCCAUAGCAGAUCUGCCCAGCACUGAUAUUGCUCUGUGAAUUGAGCUUACUCUGUUUGGCCUUAUUUUUCACCCAGGCCCCAUGCCAUCCCAUCCCACAGCAGUAACUAACUGUGUCUACAUAACCGGGUUGGCCCUUGGAGCAUUCCUGGAAAGGUCAAAAGGCAGCACGCUCAAAAUUCUGAAGAACAUAUUUAUAAGCGGUUCUGAAAUCUUGUGUAUCUGACUUAUAGCCACAUCUGCUUGUCCUAAUAGUCUCAGAGGAAAUCUUGUUUAAUAAAAAGCUUUCGAUUUCCUAGUCAGGCCUUUAUGGUUGCCUUGGGGUGUGUGUGGCCACUUCCUCUAAUGAAAGGCUCUUUGAGUUCUAAAUCUCUUUGUUGGGCUGGACCCUGCUCUUUGGAAUAUUUGGGGACAGUCUUUUCCUGGAAGAGAACAAACUCACCCUCCAUCCACACCCUGCAGCAUUUUGCCAGGCAACAGCCAAACCUUUGUUCUCAUGACACCUGCAGUCAGAGGUGGACUGUCUUCUGCGGUGGUUAUGCUCACCUAACGGUGGUUCUCGGGUGGGAAGGGAGAGGUGAAAAUCAGGCGAGGCCGAGUACUCGGCUGUGUACUAGGACAAAGCCACGGAAAGUGGCCAUUUCAGUUACUUCCCACAGUAAACAGCUUUAGGGAAUUUGGGGUGUUUAAUUUUUUAAUUCUAGCAACUUCACCUCUUCAGGGCUGUGUGCUCACCUUUUUCUUACUCCUGAGUAUCCAUUUACUUCUUGGGAACAACUACAGUUGUAGGUAGAUACUGGUGGGCGGAGAUGACCGUCCCGGUACCUGAAUUUGGCCUCGGAUCUUGGCCAUUAGGAUAGGAUUUUCAGUUUACCCAGAGCACUAGCAUGGAAACACUUGGAAAAAGACUCCCACAUCUUGAAAAUUCUGACUCCCCUCUUGACUGCACUUCCUUCCUUGUCUGCCAGUCAUUUUUUUUUUUUUUUAACGAGGCCAAGAGUAGCCAGUGGCUUCUUUCCACCACAGUUUGAGGAUCUAACAUUUCCUUAAGUGACCCCACAGCUCCACGCUCUCGGAGGGAAUAUGUUAAGCUUUUAUGAGAGUCUAUUUUCAGUAAAUUACUGCUUCGGGACACUUGGAGAAAGCAGUGAGAGUCAUUGUCUAUGCAAAGAACAACCAGGCUGACACUAAAAUUUACCAGAUGUAAGAAAAGAGUAAAACCGUAUCUGGCCGCAGGACAGAAUUCUAUGUUAGAAACUUGGAUUUUUGAGGGCUUUACCAUUGUAGAGAAACGCUGGGAGUCUGCAUACCAUAGCCCACCAUGAACAGAUGUCGGUUCUGUGGGCGAUGUGGUGUCUGUGUGCACACUGCAAUAUUUCAAAGGACACUACCUGAGCAGACUGACUUGCCUCUUGUGUGAGCACUGAGGCAGCUCUUCGUGAGAUCUGAGUGCCCGUCUGCAGACUACUGCUCUUUCUAAUCCAUGAUGUUAUAUGUAAAUAGCUUUAAUUGUUCCUUAAUUGUGUCUUAGAUGAAGUUCUGUUCACGUAGCAACCAGGUAGACAGUGACCAAAUGAGGCUGUAAAAUGUGCUGUUGUUUUCUACUGUGAUGUACUUGAAGGACAGCCCUGUGUCCCCCAAUCUUUCAAUCUUCCAUCGUAUUUUAUGUUUGGGGAAUCCUCAGGUUAUUCUCCAUUUCUGUUUUGCCUCCAUUUUCUUUGCUUCUUCUGGAGACCCAGGGAGGCCCACAGUGGAGAUCAUUUGUAAGAAAUGUAUCACGGUCUGGGUUUCCAAAAAUGUCGUAUGUACAGUGAAUGAGAGGAAUCUGCCUGAAAAUGGUUUCAGAACCAAGUACCUUUAUGCUUUGUGAUUGUGAAACCUUGACUUUUGUAACCCAAAAAAUGAACACUGUUUAGUAAAGGGGAUCUAUUUUGUGUGUUUUGAAACUUAGGUGCAAUGUUCCCUGGACAAAGCUAAAGAAAUGUAUAUGCUCAAUGACAUUUUAAAAUAAAGUAUUAUAUAUAUGUAUAUAGGAUACCUUUAGAAAAA